AUGGAACUUAUACAGCAAGUUCUUGAAUGGGGCCGAGAGCAUAGGGCCAUGGGCUUGAUUGAAUCCAUUGGGGACAGUUGGACACCGACAGAACGACAGCGUUUUCUCGAUAUGUGGAAAGAUGACGAGCCGUUACGGUCGAUAACCUUUGGUAGUGGCACCGUACUUGAGAAUAUGAUGUCAUGUGGACGA